AUUGUGUCACGUAAGGUGGGCUGUCGAGAUUAAUAGUGCCAAGAAGCGGCAAAAGCAAGUGUAUCUUCCAUAGAUAAUGUGUUAUCUUAACUCGGAACCCCUUGUAUGAUAACCGCAUGUUUCAUCCAGGGCAAAACCGUUAUUAUUAUUUAGUGAUCUUAUGCUCUUUUCUCACCAUGCUUUUCCGAGCAGAAUGUCUUCUUAGAGUGGCAUGGACCGGCUGCCGAAGAAUGGGAAACUUUACCUCCUCCACUGCUGGAAGCCUCACCAGUACAGCAUGUGUACAGUUUGUCCAGGAAAUGGUUUCACAGAACUGCGUUGUGAUAUUUUCCAAAACCACUUGUCCAUAUUGUAAAAUGGCCAAAAAUGUUUUCAAUGAAAUCGGCACAACCUACAAGGUGAUUGAACUGGACGAGCAUAAUGAUGGGAGGAGACUGCAAGAAGCCUUAGCUCAGAUAACUGGUGCCAGAACAGUGCCAAGAGUUUUCAUCAAUGGGAACUGCAUCGGGGGCGGCUCAGAUACCAAACAGCUCCACAAGCAGGGGAGGUUGGUGCCCCUCAUAGAGCAGUGUGCACCCUGCUGUGCUGCAACCAACCCCGAAGGAUCGGGAAGUGGACAGUUUGAGGCUGCUAAAUGACUAGCCGUUCUUGUAGUUUUAUUCAAUCCUAUGUUUGUAAAAAAAAUGCUUAUUUUCCUUAUAGAUGUUGCACAUUGUUUCAGCAUGAUUGUGUUAUUUAUAUAUCAAAGCGUGAAUGGGAUGCGAAUGUGAAUGCAUUUAUAAUUUAUCAUAGGGUUUUUAUGAUUAUUUCAAAUGUGUAUAUUUCGAUAAAGUGUUAUCAGUGGAAGCACUUUUCUCAUAUUCAUGGUCGUUUUGUUAAAUUAUUUGACAUAACUCACAAAAUAAUCGAACAUACGAUCACAAUAAUACAAUUAAUUUUGUAUUAGUUUUUCUUAUUGGAGGAGAUAUAAUAUGCCUUGGAAAGUGAAAAUACUUAAAUUUGUAUAGAUCGGACCCUUUGUUGUGAUGCUAAUAAUAAAUGUUAUUGUUCAAAUACCCUUCUGCUUGUCUGAAAGCUGUGUCUGUUGGCUUAGAAGUAUGUUGCUUGUCAAUGCGCGUUUUUCAAAUGUCUUCACAAUUAGAUGUAUUGUUUUUAAAAUGAAAGAUGGCCUACUAUUACAUUCUGUUGGAAGUGCUUCAUCAUAUGGUCGAUCAUUGAU